AGAAGGGACAACCAGAAAAUCAUCGUUUGAGCGUCAGAGGAGAAAAGAAAACACAGAAGUUAAUUCUAAAAGGCCUCCAGUCCCUGCCUCUGGUGGGUGUUUCGUCUUUGGUGCUUUAUGGAGCCAGUUGCUUCUUCGCAUUUCUCCCUGCCAGGCUCCCUUCUCUUCUUCCACCUCCUCAGCUCGUUUGCACCGGUCUCAGUCCCGUUUACUGUCCUGGGACCCACUGAUCCAGUCCUGGCCAUGGUGGGAGAAAACACCCGUUUACCCUGCCACCUGUCACCGGAGAAAAACGCUGAGGAAAUGGAAGUGCGCUGGUUCCGGAAGCAGUUUUCGCCUGCGGUGUUCGUGUACAAGGGCGGGCGGGAGAAGACGGAGGAGCAGAUGGAGGAGUACCGGGGAAGAACAACCUUUGUAAGCGAAGAUAUCACCAGGGGGAACGUGGCGCUGAUCAUACACAAUGUCACAGCCCAUGACAAUGGCGAUUACCGAUGUUAUUUCCAAGAAGGCAGAUCCUAUGACGAGGCCAUCACGAGCCUGAAGGUGGCAGGCCUGGGCUCUAAGCCCAUUAUUGAAAUGAAGGGCCAUGAAGAUGGAAGCAUCCGGCUGGAGUGCACAUCUACAGGAUGGUACCCACAACCCCACGCGGUGUGGAGGGACCCUUAUGGUGAGAUCAUGCCCUCCCUGGACGAGGCUUACCCUGCAAAUGCAGAUGGCCUCUUCCUGGUCACCUUGGCUGUGAUCAUCAGGGACCACUCUGUGAGGAACGUGUCCUGCUCCAUCAACAACACCCUGCUCAACCAGGAGAAGGAAACUGUGAUUUUCAUUCCAGAUUCCUUUACUCCCAGCACAUCUCCCUGGAUGGUGGCCCUGACUGUCGUCCUGCCUUCUCUGCUUCUUUUUGUCUCUGCGACCAUCUGUCUCAUCAAGAAACUCCAUAGGGAAAAAGAGAUUCCGUCGGUACAAAAGGAGGUUGAAAAUGAAGAGAAAGAAAUUGCACAGCAACUUCAAGAAGAAUUGCGAUGGAGAAGAAGUCUCCUACAUGCGGCGGAUGUGGUCCUGGACCCAGACACCGCCCAUCCCGAGCUCUUCCUGUCAGAGGACCGGAGAAGGGUGAGGCGGGGCCCCUCCAGGCAGAGCGUGCCUGACAACCCGGAGAGGUUUGACUGUCAGCCUUGCGUCCUGGGCCUAGAGAGCUUCUCCUCAGGGAGACAUUACUGGGAGGUGGAGGUUGAAAACGUGAUGGUGUGGGCUGUGGGGGUUUGUAGAAACAGUGUUGAGAGGAAAGGAGAGAUCCUACUGCUUCCUCAGAAUGGCUUCUGGACCCUGGAGAUGUUUGGGAACCAGUACCGUGCCCUGUCCUCCCCUGAGAAGAUUGUCCCCUUGAAAGAACGCCUUCACCGAGUGGGCGUCUUCCUGGACUAUGAAGCUGGAGAUGUGUCCUUCUAUAACAUGAGGGACAGGUCGCACAUCUAUACCUGUCCCCGUUCGCCCUUCUCUGAGCCCCUGAGGCCCUUCUUGAGGCUGGGGUCUGAUGACAGCCCCCUCUUUAUCUGUCCAGCAUUUACAGGCGCCCAGGGGGUCACGGUGCCUGAGGGCGGCCUGGUCCUUCACAGGGCAGAGACCCACCACAGCCUCUGGGACCAAUUCCCUGGUCUCAGAGCCAAGUAGAGAAGCCCAGGCCACCUCUACUAUCACAGCGUAGCGUCCCCUGGAGGAGAACCACCCUCCUUCCUUCUGGUCAUGGAAGAGAAUCUCCUCCAGAGGUCCCCUGGACAUCUACA